AUGGAGUACUGUUCGGGAACAUUGAAAGAGUUAAUAAAUUUGAAGACAACACUAUGUGGUCGACAAUUGGGUGAACCGAUGAACAUAUUAGAGUAUUAUAUGACGGCAAUGAUAUUUCAGGCAUUACUUAAAGCAGUUCAAUACAUACAUGAGUUGGAACCAUGUAUUAUACACCGGGAUCUCAAACCCGAUAACAUAUUGAUUGAAUUAAAUGGUAUUGAUUUUAGUUAUAUCAAACUUUGUGAUUUUGGUUUGGCAACUGUUCAUCAGCGAACUGAUGCAAAUAGUUAUGUUUAUAACUAUCACAGCGAUUGUGUCGGUACAAAGUCAUACAGUGCACCGGAACUGUACACUAAUAAUCAUGAUUAUGAUCAUCGUAUAGAUAUCUAUAGCUUAUCUAUUAUAGGGGCCGAGCUAUUUGAGUUUAACGAGUUUCCCAAUCCACCGGAGCAACUCAGCUACUAUGGAGAAGCCAGAGAUAAAGUGAUGCAAUUAUAUUUGACUUUAUGUCAAAUGAAUGAUCCGAUUCCCAGUGAAAGACCCGAGUGUUCACAGGUUUUGCAAGAUUACGGUAAUUGGAAUUUCAGUAAAGAUUACGUUAAAGACAGAGCCGUACCGUUUGAUCAGUUGGUUAAGAAACUUAUACCUAAAUUACAUCCAAAUCAAUCAGAUCAGGAACAGCUGUUAGAAAGGGCUCAUAUUGAUAGAGAUAUAAAUUUAAGUGUGACUAUAUUCUUGAUAGUUAGCGACACAUCCAAUACAAAAGACGGCAAAAUUAAAUAUACUUAA